ACAACCUGCUAUCGGGCCUAUCGUUCUAUCGAUAACAAAAAAGAAAAAUAAAACGCAGGAGGAAAAUACCGAAUUCCGCAGGAAAUGGAAUGAGUUAGUCCGACCGACCAGCAGGAGAGCCCCAAAGUCCGAGUGCCGCGAUGACGGAGCAAGAGGAUUUGGCCAGCGGAGGCGGAGGCAGCGCUGCCUCCGCGGGAUCGGGUAGUAAUUGCCAGAACCAACUGCAGCAGUGCGUGCGUGGGAAUGUCGCCUGGGAAUCGCUGCCCGUGCACCUGCGUUCCGUGCUGCACAACAAUCAGCGGGAUUACGAGAAGUUUGUGUUUAACUACAGCCUGAAGAAUCAGCUGCGCUUUCGUGGCAACCUGGCCGCCAAGGUGUUCCGCCGGGAGCAGCGCUACUACGAGCUGUUGGUGCAGAAGAGCAUCAAUGGUCUGGGCGCCUUUCCCUAUCACCUGGCGGAUAUUGUGACCAAGGGCCUAAGGGUGACGCCCUUUAACUACUACCUGGAUGUAUUGGGUCAGCUGCUAAGGAGCGACAAAAGCUACGAUACGCUGCCCAAUUUCACGGCAGCCGAUUGUCUGAGGGUUUUAGGCAUAGGCCGAAAUGAGUAUUUGGCCUUGAUCAGCGAUUUGAAAACCCACACGCCACGCUCCUUGAUCUUCGGUUCGCGGCCCAAUCCGCUGGACUUCCUGCCGCGCUUUCCCGUGCGCAUCCACAUCGAACCCUGGUGGCGACUGGACAUCGGUUAUGUCCUGGAGGCGGAUAUCCGGUUUUUAACGCCCUCUGAGCGAGGUCUCCUCGAUGACCUCAUCGAUUUCGGUGCCCAGCCGGCUGGGAAAUGCGAUCACGAGGUCGUCCACAGCCUGUACAGGAAGGGUCUGAUCUAUUUGGAUGUGCCCAUCAGUGGGGAGGAUAGAAUAUCCAUUCCUCCGCUCCGCAACUUUGUGAUGAACCGCGUGAGCGGCGAUUACUUUGAGAAUCUGCUCUACAAGAUCUUCGUUAGCGCCGAUGAGCACAUGACCAUUGCCGAGCUGGCGCAGAUGCUGCAACUGGAAUUGGAUAGCGUCAAGCAGGCCAUUUCGUUUAUUUGCCGCCUGGGCUUUGCCCAUCGCAAGCAGGAUCAGCUGAACCAGCCGAAUCAUGCGAGUUGGGAGGGCUACAACCGCGAGCAGACGCCCGAAACGCCACAGAUCACGCCGCUGAACUACAACCUACAUGCCAGCAGCAGCUUUGAAUCGUCCCCGAAGACGCCGAAGGAUAAGGACAGUAGUUCCAUAGGAUAUCUCUCCUCGGACGGCAACACCAGUGACUUUAGCUUUGCCAAUUUGAAUACCACGCCGCAGGAGCGGCUGAACAACAGCGAUGAACAGGAGCUGAGCUCGGAAAUGGAACCAGAGGCUGCUGCUCCGCUGCCAAAAAGCGGCAAGCGGGUGGGUUUCCUCUUCGACUCCACGCUCACCGCCUUCCUGAUGAUGGGCAACCUGUCGCCGGGCCUGAAAAACCACGCUGUUACCAUGUUCGAAGUGGGAAAGCUGUGCGAGGAGAGUUUGGACAGCUUUCUGGCCGAACUGGAGCAGGUUUCGCUGCUGGACGCCGAGGGCGAGGGCGACGUUUCGCGCUACUUUGCCCACGCCGUCAUUCUGCGUUCCACCAUCUGCUCGCUGCGGCAUUUGCUGCCCGGCGGCCUGGAUCUGCUGCGGCUGGAGUGCCUGGAGGGCCUGGAUCGGCAGACCAGGGAUCGCGUGCUGGAGAAGAAGUACAAGUUCAUUAUAGCCGCCUCGCCGCUGACGGCGGCACUGAGUCAUACGUUCAGCAUUCCCUACUUUGGCCAAUUCCUGCGCAGCUCCGAUGUGGCGCCCAUGUGGAGCAAGCUGUUCUACAAUCAUAUCACAGGCUACGGACCGCCCAGUUUGCUGCUCAGCAGGGGAACUGUUUUGAAAACCUUGCCUCGCUUAUUUUUGGGCUAUGGAAAGCUGCUCGUGAAUAUCCUGCACUCGGAUGCAUAUGUGCUUAAUUCGGAGAACUACCGCAACCUGAACGAUCAGCUCAAGAACGGCUGUGUGCUGCUGCAGGGCUAUGGCAUCCGCACAGCCGGCUUGCUUCACUAUGAGUCAUUUCCUUUCCAGCCAGCGGAGACACGACAGGCAAAGUGGGCCGCCCAUCGAGCCGUGCGCAAGCUGUCCAAUCUUUUGGACCUCCGCCAGCAGUGCGGCUAUAUUACAUUCCUGAACACCGGGGUUCCCGAUCUUGGGUGCGAAAACUACGAGCUGCAGGUGCAUUUGAAGCGACAGAAACGCUCAUCGAUCAGCAAACCCAUUCAUGUGCCAAGCACCAACGAGGUGACCAGCUUUCAGCUCAAGAGUCCCGAUGAAAACCACUUUGCAGCCACGCCGGAACAUGCUCCUCCUGCCAAUGAGUUCACCUCGCCGGACUGCAGCCAAGUGCUGGCCAGCGAACUGGCCAAGUGCAGCAGCAGUCGUGCGGAUCUGGUGUCGCAGAGUUCCGUGGAAAUACCGAUGGCGCAGGAGGAGGAGAUUUCCCCAGAGGAGGAGGAGGAGGACGCCACUGAGGAGUGGACCCUGCUGGACGUUAGCUUUGGCGUUCCCCUGUUCGAUGUGGACACCAAUACGAGGAUCUGCGAGCAGCUGGUCCAGGGACUCUGCAGCGAUGCCAAUUUGGAGGCCCUGCCCUCGUCCGCCAGUCAGGCGAAGGAUCUUUUCCUGGACUUUGUGCGGCAGUGCCUGUACUUCGAGGAUGAUCCUGCCAGGCAGUCGGUGGCGGCUACCAGGCCACUUCCUCAUCCGAGGAUCAAUCUGGCAUUCGAGAACGGACACGUGGGCCUUUGGAACGGGCGAUAGAUCGAUAUAACAUUCCCCCACUAAGUAUUCCGCAUUCCGUUUACUUUCCCCCGUUACUUAUCAGUUUGUGUAAACAGAUUUAUAUUUAUAUAUACGUAUAUAUAACCGCUAGCGCAUUCACAUAUAUGUAUGCUAACCGUCAGCCAAGUCAGCAUCAGUCAGUCUGUAAGUUUGCGUUCGUUUUUUAUUAGUUUUGUAAGCUCCCUGGGGAGACAGAAAGAUAAAGAUUGGCUUUGUGCCCUGCCCUCCAACCAUAUACACAUGCAUAGCUAACAUACCCGUGCAAAUAUAAAUGUAUGUCUGAAUAAAUGCAAUUUUAAAACUUAUAACUAC